AUGACAAUGUUUGGAUUCGCUCUCGCUUGCAUUCUCGCCGUGUCUGGCGCGUUCGCCGCCGACACGUGCUACCAGGACGUCUCUAUGGACUGCGGGCAGGCUUCCAACAGUCUCGCCUUGCCAAGAUGUAACGCCGUCUACGGAAACUACGGACGCCACGGCAACGUUGCAACGGAGCUUCAGGCAUAUGCCAAUCUCCAUCUUGAACGUUCUUACGAAUAUUUACUGUCUGCUUCUUACUACAACAAUUACCAGACAAACCGUCUUGGGUUCAGUAAAUUAUUCAGGAAGCUGUCUGACGACGCGUGGGAAAAGACUAUUGAUUUAAUCAAGCAUGUUACUAAGAGAGGUGACAUGAUGGACUUCUCUCGUCGCAGCACCCAAGAAGAAAAGUCCGAGAAGAACUACACAGUAGAACUGCACGAACUGGAGUCCCUGGCCAAGGCUUUGGACACACAAAAGGAACUGGCCGAGCGGGCCUUCUAUAUCCAUCGCGAAGCUACCAGGAACAGCCCACAAAUGCAUGACCCUGAGAUUGCCCAAUACUUGGAAGAGGAGUUUGUGGAGAAGCAGGCCGACACUAUCAGGAACCUUGCUGGGCACACUGCCGAUCUCAAGAAAUUCAUUGUCGCCAACAACGGUCAAGAUUUGUCUCUCGCAUUGUACCUCUUUGAUGAAUAUCUGCAAAAGAUUGUCUAA